CGAUCCUUACAUCCUGCCCGAUCGGUGUUGCGCAUGACCUAUCUGCGGACUCACGGUAGCUACGGGACACGCCUACUACACAUUACACCCUGCCGAACGGUCAGGUCUCGGCACCAAAUUUACUUGGUUAGGUUUAGGAAAACAUCUGAAGCGGGUAGUGAAAUAGGUGGCUAAUACAGUAAAGGGUGUCUGCCGUGUAGUAAGCGAAGUGGCAAGCACACCUCUGUUCAACUAAAAGUUUUAACCAUUCCUAAACCAAAUCUUCGCGCAUGCGUGGAACAAACCGGAUUUCCGGUACGGAUCGGGCAGUGACAAGUUGUACACCAUACUUGAAUGCAAGAUCAUGACUGAAGAGGCAUUUGAUGUGAUGGUGGUUGGCUCCUGUAUGACUGACCUGGUGAGCCAGGCACCAAGGUUGCCCAAAGCCGGAGAAACCAUCCAUGGUCACAAGUUCUUCAUUGGCUUUGGAGGGAAAGGAGCUAACCAGUGCAUACAGGCUGCAAGACUGGGGGCCAAAACCGCUAUGGUCAGCAAGGUUGGUAAAGACUUCUUUGGAGACAAUUACAUCCAGAAUUUCAAGGACAAUGGUGUACACACAGACUUUGUAGAGCAGACCUCUGUUGCCGCCACAGGAGCUGCCUCCAUCAUUGUCAAUGAUGCAGGUGAGAAUGCCAUCGUGAUCGUGGCCGGUGCCAACAUGCUGCUGGGCAGUGAGGAGCUGCAGAAAGCUCUUCCAGCUAUCAGUCGUGCAAAAGUGCUGGUGUGCCAGCUGGAGAUCAGCCCGCAGACAUCCUUGCAGACUCUUCGCAUAGCUCAGGAGAACAAAGUAAAGACAAUAUUCAACCCAGCGCCCGCCAUUCCUGACUUGGAUGCAGGUUUCUACAGAGCCUCUGAUGUGUUUUGCUGUAAUGAGUCUGAGGCCGAGCUGCUGACUGGUUCCUCAGUGGCUGAUGUGGAGGAGGCACGUCGGGCCGCACAGGAGCUGCAGAAGCGAGGCUGCGGGUCAGUCAUCAUUACUCUGGGACCCCAAGGCUGUGUGGUGCUCAAGGCACAGGAAUCUAUCUCAAAACAUGUACCAACUACUGCGGUCGCCCCAGUGGACACUACGGGUGCUGGAGACAGCUUUAUUGGAGCACUGGCAUUUUACAUGGCUCAUUAUCCCACAGUGCCUCUGGAGGAGAUGGUCCGCAGAGCCAAUCAGGUGGCAGGACUGAGCGUGCAGGCUGUCGGCACACAAACGUCUUACCCUUUCAGAAAGGACCUACCAGCGGAACUGUUCUGAGAGCAGUAAACCAACAAGCAGCAUUUUAAAUACACUAAAUCUGGCAGGGGUCCUAUGAAAUGAGAAAUCUGAGGAUGAACAAUAUUAUGAAAGUACUGAGGAUCGAUGAGGAUGUAACCAAUGCUACUUUAAUAUAAAGCUCAAUGGUUGAUGUAAUGGUUAAUAAUGUUGAAUAGUUGCUGAACAGUUAUAUGAAUUGUGUCGAUGUGAUAACAAGUCUACUAACAACAGACAAGGAUUCAUUUUUGGAAAAUUCAAAUUCCAGUAAAUGAACUGCGUUUAUAUGGUGCUUUGCUACCGACCACUCAAAGCACUUCACAACACGCCACAUUCACACAUUCUCACACACACACGCAAAUUUGGUGUUCUGUAUCCUGCCCAAGGACACUUCCACAUGGUGACUGUAGGAGCUGCAGAUCUAAGCACCGACCGUCUGAUUAGUGGAGGAUCUCCUCUCCCUCCUAAGCCACAGCCACUCAGGAGGUACAAACUGUUACACACUUUAAAAGCAUUUAACAUUUAGUUUGUCCAGCACAUAAUUUACUUAACUGAUUUCAUAACCCCGAGUAGAUCAUAUUUCACAAGUGGUUUAAUAGGUACCUGGCUUAAAUAUAAAGUUGUACAACACUUCCUGAAUUAUAAUCAUCAUCAGACACUUGAACUGUUAAAUACCACCUUCACAUGUUAUUCUUUGACAUAACAGCUUUAGAUCAAGACAGCUACUAUGGCUCCAACAAAUAACAUCAUUUUUCACAUGAGUGAGUAGUUUGUUAAAAAUGGUGUUAAGACUUUGUCGAAGCUUGGUCGGGUUUGGCAUCACAGAGCUGGUGCAGUGGAGAGAGCAGAAGCCUUCUGACAGAUCCAAGAAGAAAUCCUCUGAAAACGUGUGAGCCAGCCAAACUGACGAAACACUUUGUAUGAUCCAUGUCAAUAAAGACAGUCGGUUUAAA